CGCCGCGCCGCCAUGACGCGCCGCUAGACCGCCGAGGAGGAUCCAGCGGCCGGCGAACGGCCACCGCGACCGCGGACCGGGGAUCCGGGAUGAGGAAGCCGAGCACGGCGAGCACGGCGAGCACGGCGAGCAUGGCCGGUGGCGGUAGUCCGAGUAGACGCGGGUGCGGAUGACCCCAAUGGCGACCCGGUGUCUCCGAGCGCUAUGCCUUCUCGCCGUCAUCGCCCGGGCCGCCGCCGUGCCCACCACCGUGCCCGCUACCGUGCCCGCCCUCAACAUGACGAGCACCACGACCACCACGACCACCACGACGGCGGCGACUAGGGCUCCGACGGUGUCUGUGACGGCGGCCAGGGACGCCAUGAGCCUGCCGCCGUCCGCCGGGGCGGUCAACUGGAUGCUUGUCGCGCCGUCGGCGAGCUACAAGUGCAUCGACUUGUACGACGAGGUGGUCUACGCAGCGGGCGAGGGGCACCUGGAGAUGUGCGUGGAGCGCAACGAGUGCGUCAACGUGAUGGUGCACUGGCAGGGGAACGUGCGCUCCGUCAACACGCACGGCAGGUCCUUCCUCGUCUGGGAGCACCAGACCUGCAAGGGGGAGUCCUACCUCUACUCCAAGUCUGGCCGGAUGAGAAUCAGCAACGGCGGGCCCAUGACCUGGGCCAACGGCAUCGCCUCCAUCAGCUACGUGUACGACGAGAUGGACCGGCACCCACUCGGCCAGCGCGGCACCAGCAUCCACCUCUUCUCCAACAACAAUAACAACAACAAUAACAAUAAUAACAACAACAACGGCGGCGGCAAUGUGUCCAACAACAACAAUAACAACAAUAACAAUAAUAACAACAACAACAGCGACGGAGGCUCCCGUCCUGGGCCCACCGUCUCACCGCCGCGGCCACCCCCUGGCCCUCCCCCCGUUCCACCCCCGGCUCCUCCCCCUGUGCCUCCCCCGAUGCCCCCCGCCCCCACCGCGCCUCCCCCGGCUCCUCCUCCAGUGGAAUAUGGAUUUCAUUGUUAUAAACAAAGUGAGCCUUCAAUAAUCAGUACUUUAAAAUUUGGACGCCUUAUCUUACGUUGA